AGGAAACCGCUUUGCUAAAUUGGAUCAAGCUGAAACCCGAUGAUAUAAUCACAAUUAUAAUAAUUACAUCCAAUACCCUAGAAAAAACAACAAUGCUGAAAAAAGAACUAUUACCUACUACAACUAUGGAAAGGAAUGACAUAUCACUCAUAAAUACAGAAGCCCACUAA